AUGAGCGACUGUGGCGACUGCGGCGACUGCGGCGACUGUGGCGACUGUGGCGACUGUGGCGACUGUGGCGACUGCGGCGACUGCGGCGACUGCGGCGAGUGCGAGUGCUGCAGCUGUGGAGACGACUGCCUGGACUGCUGCGUGUGCGCAGGCGCCGCCACGGACUGCGGCGACUGCUGCACCAUCUGCCUGUGGCCGUCGAAUCCGCCGCCCGCCGCCGCGCAGUCGGAGACGGAGGAGCAGCGGCGGGAGCGGGACCGCCGGCGCUGCUGCUGCUGCGCCGCGGUGGCACGUGGGCGGCGCGGCAGAGGCCUCUGGCGGCGAGGCGGUUCACCAGCGCUGCGCCGGCGUCCUCGCGCAGCGUUCCACGCGGGCGCGCGCAGCACCCAGUCUGCCAGGCGGCGAACAAGAGCUGCCACGCGCGGCGCAUGUCUGACGGCGGUUGCGACAGCGGCGGCGGCGGCGGCGGCGGCGGCGGCGGCGGCGGCGGCGGCGGCGGCGACGACGGUGGCGGGUGCUGCGACGUCGCCGUCAGCGAUUGCUGCGAUGACGGCGGCGGUGGCGGGGACGGCGGCGGGGACGCCGACUACGGAGGCGGGUUCGAAGGGUUCAGUGACGGCGGCGACGCUGCCAGCGGCCCCCGUCGGUCCACGCGCCGCCGACCGCAGUCGCAGGAAUCGUCGUGCACGGGGUGCGCGAUCGUUGUCUGUGUACUUAUGA